GUUCAGUUCUUCGUCAGCACUAUUUGUUCUCGCCCAGCUACAUCCCUUCGAGGCCCUGUUGACGUUACGCAACCGCGGGAUCGUUAUGGUGCAACCACUUUGAUCGGACUACUCCGUACUCUAGACAAGCUAGACAAGCUCAACUGAAGACGACACCACCAAUACCAACAUCGGCCCAACUCAACGGCCGUCCUUGGAAAGAAAUCGCAGACUCGCAGACAUCAUAUCCUCAAACCUCAUGGGUCGUCAAACGUCUCUGCGGCAGCUUGCCGCUCAUAACUUAUCUACUCUUCGCCGGCAGCCCUUUACGGAAAUAUCGGGAUCAUUGGGCGACCUGGGAACUUUUCUGCCCAUCGUCAUUGCCCUGACCGAAGGGCAUCAGAUAUCUUUGACCACGACACUGAUAUUCACCGGGAUAUACAACAUCCUGACAGGAUUCUUCUUCGGAAUUCCCUUGCCUGUCCAACCCAUGAAAGCCAUCGCUGCUGUCGCCAUCCUCAACGACCUCACGGCAGGACAGACGGCCGCAGCGGGCAUUUUUGUCUCCUCCUGCAUCCUCCUCUUCAGCAUCACCGGACUACUCUCUUGGUUCACCCGCGUCAUUCCAACUCCCGUGGUCAAAGGUAUUCAAGUUGGAGCUGGCUUGAGUCUAAUCAUAAGCGCGGGAACCAAAGCACUCGCUUCUCUGUCAUGGACAGGACCGUCUUGGGCAGACAAUUACAUCUGGAUGAUCCUGGCAUUCCUUGUUCUAUUCGCCAUCAGUCUACGGCCUCGAACACCAUAUGCCUUGAUGCUGUUUGUCCUCGGCAUCAUUUUCGCAAUAAUUCGAGUCAGUGGGGAUUCGCAUCACCAUCUGCCUGGCUUUCGUCUGUGGCACCCAUACGUGCAGAGUCCUACCGCACCGGAAUGGAAAACCGGCAUUCUUGAUGCGGGCAUAGGACAGCUACCAUUGACGACCUUGAACUCUAUCAUCGCCGUCACUCAUUUGGCCGCGGAUUUGCUGCCAGAGAUACAGACACCCUCCGUCACAUCUGUGGGACUCAGUGUCGCCGCAAUGAAUUUGUUCGGGUGCUGGUUUGGCGCCAUGCCAGUCUGUCACGGCUCUGGAGGUCUUGCUGCUCAGUACCGCUUCGGUGCAAGAUCUGGCGCCAGCAUUGUAUUCCUUGGUCUGCUCAAGUUGAUCGUUGGCGUUCUAUUCGGCGAGAGCCUCACAGACCUGCUCCGCAAAUUUCCAUUGGCGUUGCUGUCAGUCAUGAUCAUUGCCGCAGGCUUGGAGCUGGCCAGCGUCGGGGAGAGCCUCAAUACACCGCGUGCAAGAGAUAUUUACAAGGAAGGAACGCAACCUACACCUCCUCCUCCUGGUCUCACAGACGAAGAAAGGAAGAAACGGUGGACCGUGAUGCUUGUGACAGCAGGACUACUUAUUGCGUUUAAGAACGACGCAAUUGGCUUCAUUGCUGGCAUGUGCUGUCAUUGGAGCUACCAAUUGCCAUCACAUAUUGCAAGCAGGCGUGAAAGGACAAGGACAGCAUCGUCAGAGAACAGUCCCGACACUCCGGAUGAAAAUCAGGCUUUGCUACCACGAUAGGGCAAAAGGAUGAAAACGAUCUCCAAACUACCACGGUAUCGUGCCUUCUGAAUUAGAAUAAGUCGCGGUAACCCCAUCUGGACCUUCUGCCACCAGCUGCGCCACCCGCACAGCGCCGUGCUUGGGAUGCGUUUCCUCGUUCAACUCUGCCCCGUUCAAGUUUGUCGCGCACAGGCCCGGGCACACGACGUUGACUUUGAAGUCGGGGUACAGCUUCGCAUAGUACACCGCCACCCCGUUGACGCCUGACUUACUCGAGCUGUACCACGGGACGGGGUAGGGCUUGCCACGUUGUAGCGUCCGCUGGACGCUCCCGAGUCCCGAAGAAACGAAGAUGAUCUUGGGCAGUUUGGACUUUUCCAACAAGGGGAUCAACUUGUCGGUCAAGACGGCCGUGGAGAUGACGUUGACGUUGUAGGUCAAGUUGUACCUGUCGCGCAGCGUCGCGUCGGCGGGGAGCUCCCUGCCGCCCGUGCCGGCGUUGUUGAUCAGGACGUCCAGUCGGCCAAAGUGCUGCGUGAUGGCCAGGUAGCAAUGCUCGACGGACUCGUCGUCGGUGAUGUCGAGUUGGAUCGGGUUGACGUUGAUCGGCGCCCCCAUGGACGCGACCGCUUCUUCUCCCUUGUGGGUGUCCCGACAGCCCAUGAGGACUUGGAACGUCGGAUUUUCUAGUGCCAGUUUCUUGACCGUCUCGUAGCCUAUCCCUGCAUUGCCGCCUGAAGGUCACAUUCCCACCGCCUUGGGUCAGCGUUUCGCGCCUUUGACCAAAGUAGCGUUCAAACGGGGAGGCAAAACUUACCGGUCACCAGUAUGAUGGUCUUGUUUGCAGCUGCCACGCUGGACGGUCGGUGGAGGAGCGUGGGUCGAGACAUGUUUUGUACAACUGUGCACAGUAGGUCGGAGUCAGGGAUCAAGGAGUACUCGGUGGAGGUGUCCUGCAAGGGUCUAUUUUUCGGGUUUUAAUCAAAACCACUCUCCUCAUAGAC